CUUCCUUCUGUCCUGGAUCCAACUCUUGAGCCCAAUCUUCACUGCAUAGUAGAGUAAAUGGAGUGAUCAAAGAGAAAACGGAGUGAUCACAGAGAGCCUCAUGGAGCACCUUUGAAAACAGACAGCCAAUAAGGUCAUGGAAACGUGAAUAUAGUAUAAUGAUUGUGCACCAUGGUCAAAUUACGACGAUGUUCAAUGGUUGUCUCGUCAUUCCUGGGCAUCUUUGCAAUUUGGAAAAUCCAGAGAAGCACGACUAAUUUGGAGAAAUCCAAAAAGAGCUUUUAUAAGGUAUUGGCUCCCGAGAAUCGCUACGACAAUGAUCAUUUGGCGGAGAACAUCCAAUACGAUACGGAUGGACAUGCCAAAAUCUUUGAUUUGGGCGGCUCAGAUUGGACAGUUCAAUCCAAUAAUGGAUCCAUCUCAAUUCCUGCUCAAGUUCCAGGUGGCAUCUAUUCGGAUUUGGAGCGAGCCCAAGUUCUAAACAGCUCGGUGUACUUCCGAUUCAACGAUGUCAAGUUCCGUUGGGUUGGACAGGAGUCGUGGGUUUAUAAGAAAGAAUUUACAAUGCCCAAAUCAAUGAAGGGCUCUGAAAAUGUUCUAUUAAACUUGGAAGGUCUAGACACCGUGGCUGAAAUCACCCUCAACGAGCAAUUCAUCGGCAGAACAGAGAACAUGUUUGUGAGAUAUCGCUUUGAUGUGAAGGAACAUAUCAAAUUCGCUCGAAAGAACACACUGGAGAUUGCCUUUGAAUCUCCAGUGCUUUAUGCCAAGCGAAAGUUUGAAGAACACUCCAAUCAGUUUUACAUUGUCCCACCAAUCCGGGUGCCAGAAGUUUACCAUGGUGAAAAUCAUGCCAAUUUCAUAAGAAAAACCCAAGCCUCUUUCGGUUGGGAUAUCGGGCCCAGUUUCCCAUCCACUGGAAUCUACAAACCCAUUAGCAUCCAAGGAUAUCAGAGUGCCAAUAUCCAAUAUGUAACCUUUAACAGUAUGCCAGAGGAAGACUGCUGGAGAGUCUCCACGAGAGUUCUGGUGGAGGCCGAAAAUGGAUUUGAAGGUCAACUUGACAUUGAAAUUGUGGAAAAGCUCACCGGACAUAUAAUUUUCAAUGUUAACGAGUCUGUGAUGUUCAGUUUGUUUCCUGAGAACGAGAUCUUGGAUUCAUUCCAAAUUAACGGGUCUGUGCCGAAGAAGGACGUCAAGACCUGGUGGCCCAACGAAUUAGGCGACCAAAAUCUCUACAUUCUGACGGCGACUUUGAGAAAAGAUAAGUCAAACGUGUCUUCGAAGUCUAUACAAGUCGGUUUUCGAACGAUUGAGCUCGUUCAAAAACCCUUGCACGACAUUUACCAGACUAUCGCUCAAAAAGCUGGGGACACGUUUUUCUUCAAAGUCAACGGCGUGCCCAUCUUUGCCAAGGGUUCCAAUUUGGUUCCCAUCCACAUCUUGCCCGAAAAAGUGACCAAAGGGGAUGUGGACUACCUGUUGAAGUUUGCCAAAACGUCUCACAUGAAUAUGAUUCGAGUGUGGGGAGGGGGAUCGUACCAAUCCGAAUAUUUCCAUAGAAAAGCGGACGAGUUGGGGAUUCUGGUGUGGCAGGAUUUUAUGUUUGCUUGCAGCAUGUACCCGGUAAAUGAGGACUUUCUAAAAAACGUGCAAAAGGAGAUCUUUCAUCAAGUCCGACGGCUCCAACAUCAUCCUAGUCUUGCCACUUUUUCGGGCAAUAAUGAAAAUGAGGUUGCAUUGGUUGAUAACUGGUACAAUACAUCCCAUUUGGGUGCUCCCAAAAAUGUACGGUCCAACGAUUUUGCCAACGUUUCACAAUAUUUCGACGAUUACAACCUUUUAUACGACCAAGUGAUUCGGAAUAUCGUCAUCCAAGAGGCUCCCGAUACCCCAUGGAUGACUUCAAGUCCAAUAGGGAAGCAUGAGAUUGGCCAUGUGAACCCGAGCACUAACCCGAUGGAUCUUCACUACGGAGACAACCACUUCUACAUUCGUACCAAAAACCAGUGGCAACCUGGGAUCUACCCAAUCCCACGAUUCAUGAGCGAGUACGGGUUUCAAUCGUUCCCAAGCAUUUCCACCCUGGAAAAAUUUGCCUACGAUGAUGACCUCUACUUUCCCUCGCGCUUCAUCAAUCAUCGCCAACAUGGCCCCAAAGCCAAUGACGAAUUGGUCUUCACCGCAGCCUUUCACUUUCAUUUAGACAGAAUAAUCCAUCAGCGAGAUCCCGAGGGAUUGGCCAAGUUACUCUACUUGGCACAAGUCAACCAGGCAGAGAGCUUGAGAACAGAAACUGAGUUGCUCCGACGAAUGGUUUCAGUCAUCUCAGAGGAAGGCCAUGGAAUGACAAUGGGCGCCUUGUACUGGCAACUUAACAGUAUUUGGCCUGGAGGAUGUUUAUCUACGUUUGAACACGGUGGAAAAUGGAAACUAGCUAAUUAUGCUGUGGAACAAAUGUUUCGGCCAGUGGUGGUUGUGCUUGACGUAACGUCGGAGGAGCGAGUCAAGGUCCACGUGGUCAAUGACGGAGGGACUCUAGUCUCUAACUUCACUCUGCACAUUGAACUACAGAAAUAUUCUGAUCUUCAUGCUUGCUUUCAACAAACAAUUGCAAUUCCUCCCGUUGCUCACCUUCAAUCGAUCGAGGUAUUGAAUGUUGGGCUUGAGACAAUCUUGGACCAGUGCUCAUUUCCUGGUAAAUCCGAAACGACCACUCAGACAGCCAAGUAUCCAGAAUCUGCACCACUUGAAUCCUUAACUGUUACCACACAAUCCACAUCAGAACCAGAUUACCGACGGAUCUUCAGCCUCUUGACUAGCAAAAUUUUCAAUAGCCAAUCCGAAAUCAUUUCGCAACGAACGAAACUUCUCAGUGAACCAAAAGAGGCUCUGGGGUUGAUCAAUCCCAGAUUGAGCCUACAUGUGGAACGAAUUUCCAAUGUGAUAUUUGAGAUCCUUAUUUCCACCGAGUCCGUGGCCUUAUUUGUGGCCCUUGACACUCCCAUUUCUGGGCGAUUCUCGGACAACGGAUUUCAUCUAUUGAAUGCCUCAAAAUCUGUGAUAUUUCAUGUUGACAAUGGCUCAGACAUGUCUGUCGAACAAUUUACCAAGCAACUAAAUGUGAUAAGCUAUUAUAACGAUUUCUAACUUACAAAAUACAGCCAUUUUGAGGUUUGACAACA